AUGGUCAAGCGAAGUCCCGAAGACUAUGUAUUUUUCUGGACCACCAACCACGUCAAUGGUUGGGCAUCUCAGUGGUACCCCGCCUCGUUCACUGUUGUGGUUACCAUCGGCGGCUCGGCUAAAGAGGUCACCUUUCCAAGCACAGAACAUUGGAUGAUGUUCCAAAAGGCACUUCUGUUCGACGACGAGGCGAUCGCAAGAGAAGUAAUGGCAUCGAAUGGGACGUCCAAGGCAGACAUGGCCUACGUUAAAUCACUGGGGAGAAAAGUGAAAAACUUCGACGACGAAACUUGGAAGCUGCAUCGAGAGCGAAUUGUGUUUGAGGGGAAUCUCCAUAAAUUCAGGCAGCAUGCCGAGCUGAGAAGUAAGCUACUGGCGACGGGGAAGAAGGAAAUUGUAGAAGCAAGUCCGCGCGAUAAGAUAUGGGGGAUUGGCUAUAGCGAACAGGCUGCAAUCUUGAAGAGUGGGUGGGGCUUGAACCUGCUCGGGAAAUCGUUAGUACAAGUGAGGGAGGCUUUGAAAAAAGAGGAUGCGGCCGGACGGGGAUGA